CUGACAUUUCACAUUUGUCUUGUCAGUUGUCAGACUUGUCAAUAGAAAGUUAUAAAAUCGAUCAAAAAAUUGCAAAAUGAUCCGUUUAUCUAAAAAUAUAAUACCUGCGGUAACGAAAACGUUAUUAAAAAGAACUAAUCAAUCUCAAAAUCCAAGUAUAUUAGUUUUUUUCCAUGGACAAAGGUUACUUUCAGAUACAACUGCAUCAACCGGCAAGUUUGCUGUUCAACAUGAAGACUUUGGGCGACCGUUAUAUUUUGAUGCUCAAGCCACAACACCAAUUGAUCCGAGAGUGCUUGACGCCAUGCUACCAUAUCUUGUGAGUUAUCAUGGAAACCCACACUCCAGGACUCACGCUUAUGGGUGGGAGAGUGAGGCAGCGGUUGAGAAAGCCAGAGAACAAGUGGCAGAUUUAAUUGGAGCUGAUCCAAAAGAAAUAAUAUUCACUUCAGGAGCAACAGAGUCAAAUAACAUAUCAGUAAAAGGAGUGGCCAGGUUCUAUGGAUCCCGGAAGAAGCAUGUUGUAACCACACAAAUUGAACAUAAGUGUGUGUUGGACUCAUGCAGAGCUUUAGAAGGAGAAGGAUUCAAAAUCACAUAUUUGCCAGUUAAGGAAAAUGGAAUCAUAGACAUGAAAGAACUGGAAAAAGCUCUCACACCAGAAACUAGUUUGGUUUCCAUUAUGACGGUUAACAAUGAAAUAGGUGUUAUGCAACCUAUUGCUGAAAUAGGUGCAUUGUGUAAAAGCAAAAAGGUUUAUUUUCAUACGGAUGCAGCCCAAGCAUUAGGAAAAGUUCCCAUUGAUGUCAAUAAAAUGAACAUUGAUUUGAUGUCCAUAUCUGGGCACAAGGUAUAUGGACCAAAGGGUGUUGGUGCGUUGUACAUACGGCGGAGGCCUAGAGUGCGAGUUGAGCCCAUUCAAAGUGGAGGCGGACAAGAGAGAGGAAUGCGCAGUGGUACAGUUCCAACCCCACUUGUUGUAGGACUCGGUGCAGCAUGUGAUAUAGCAAAGCAAGAAAUGGCAUAUGAUCAUGCAUGGAUGGAAAAGUUGUCACAGAGAUUCUUGGACAAGAUCUAUUCAAAACUAACUCAUGUCAUUAGGAAUGGAGAUGCAGAAAAGACAUACCCUGGCUGUAUCAAUUUGUCAUUUGCUUACGUAGAAGGUGAAUCGUUGCUAAUGGCUCUAAAGGAUAUUGCGUUAUCGAGUGGCUCUGCUUGUACCUCGGCUUCGCUAGAACCAUCAUACGUAUUGCGCGCAAUUGGAACAGAUGAAGAUUUGGCACACAGUUCUAUUAGAUUUGGAUUUGGAAGAUUUACAACAGUAGAAGAAGUAGAUUACACAGCUGAAAAAACAAUCAAACACGUAGAACGCCUAAGAGAAAUGAGCCCACUGUGGGAGAUGGUGCAAGAGGGAGUAGACAUCAAAACUAUUCAAUGGUCACAGCAUUAAAACGUCAUUGAGUAUUUGUAUUAAAGUUUCUGUUCCGUGAUUAGAUUAGGUGAUAUUGUGACAGGAAGUAAGGAAAAGAUCUGGUCAUUAUAAUGAAAUGUUGGAUAAUUUUAUGUGUGGAAUGUAAAUGUUUAAGUGACCGUCUUGGUAAGAAAUGGAUCAAUGUUGCAAUCCUAAUAUUAUAUUCUUAGCCUGUUGUAUUAAAUAUUAUUUUACAUAAACAUAGAAUACGUAAGUAUAUCACAAACAGCUUUGUUUCUUUGACCUAUAAACAGUAAUAAAAUUAAGUAAAAAUAGUUAGAUAUUGUGUUAUCACUUGUUUUUAUGUUCCUGUAAUUAGUUAUGUAUAAGACCAUUUAAUAAUAUAAAUUAAGAAUUUUGCAACUACAUUGCAAUAAGUAAUAAUACUUUUUGACCUUGACCUUCAAAACAAGUUUACUGAUUGCACAAUAUCAUAAAAAUAACACUAAUGGAGGUGUGAUAUGCUGAUAAAGAACAAGUUUCCUUCGCUGUUCCAUCUUAAACAUAUUGCAUGAGUAUAAAAUGUAUAAAAGAAAAUAUGAUAUUAUUAUGUUAUAAAUGCACAUUAUUAAAAUAAAAACAGUUUAGAUUUUAUGAAGUCAAUGUUUAAUUCCAAUAUAGUUAGUGUUAUACAUAGAAAAACUGCUUAUUUUUGUUAAAUGUUAAUAAAGUACAUUAAAAAGUCA